AUGAUGCCCUUUAUCCUUCCCAAUCGCAUCACACAUGGUGUCACUUUCACGUCUUGUUUCAACUACUCUGAUGUUACCAUUGCGAGGCUUCAGGUCAGCCAAUCGCCGCCUUGUCGGAGUUCUGGCUUUCUGUCCUGCAGUCGUCGCGGCCUCUGCUCCAGCGAUCCGGACGCCGAUAGCACGCCCUAUUUAGACCUAUUUCUGGAGCCUACUUGCGACUUUAAUAUCUCUAUGCACUACUCCUAUACCCAUUGGAUAGCACAGGUAUAG